AUGUUUUAUGCCUUCAGACCAACUCCUGUGUAUUCAUGGAAACGAAUUGAUGUGUAUGAUAAAGAGCAUACAGUUAAAAAUGGCGUAGACGGCAUUACAUUCGACUAUGGUGAUCCUCGAUUACUGGUCAUCAAAUCUGCAUCAAGAAAUCAUGCUGGUCAAUAUUUCUGUACCGCAACGAUAGGAGAUAAAAAUGACACUGUUGAAGGAUCUUUGACAUUUGAAGGUAUACAGUUUAUUUCUUUACAGUUUAUUUCUUCUCUUUUAGGUUAAAUUUUUUGAUCUAGGCAAGAAGAACAAAAUCCAUCACCACAGCUAGAAAGAGCAUGUGAAAAUUAGUAAAAUUGCAAAGUUUGGCCGCGAAAUGUCGUAAAAUGCGCAAAAUAUAGCCCUGCACAAUUUGCAAAUUUUGUAUUAAUUUGUAUUACGCACGGGAAAAUGCACCACUUUCGGUCCAAAUGUGGUGCAUUUUCCCGCGCGUAAUCUUUCUCCUCCGCAGAGCCUCCUUAAGUAUUUACAAAUAACUGACAUGAAGUUUCCUGAAUAAAAGUGAGCGCGCGGUGUGAUGGGAAGAUUGAAAUGAAGUUGGGGAGGCUCUGCCAGAUAAUGCGACGAAGUAUGGUUUUUGAAUCAAACUAGUUGUUUAACCUUUUUUUAAACUUGAAAUCGACGGAAAUGUGAAAGAAAUUGAAAUGAAUCUUCAUAAUCUGAGUAUCGAAGUUCAAUAUAGUCAUUUUUUAUAAAGAAAUGUUGCAAGUAAGAGGAUAUUUAUAAUCAGAUAGCUCGUAUCCAUUGACAUUCGUUUGCAAUUUCUCAAUAUUUUUCGAUGCAAAUGGACAGAAGAAGAUAGUGAUAUUGAAUUCACCCCAGGAUACUCAAGUACGCCUGGAAGUUAAAAUGAAAGUCGAAAACAUGUUUUAACACCCCCGAUGGUUGAUCGAACUUCGCUACAAACGAUUAUAUACGACGCCAUAUUGAUUGCAUUAACUCGCAGAGGCUUCCUUUAUUUAGCUCUUCCCAUCACUCCUUGCGCGCUCACUUUUCCCUCACUAGAAACUUCAUGUAAGCCUCUGCGGAGGAGAGAGGCGCGUAAUACAAAUCAAUACAAAAUUUGCAAAUUCCGCAGGGCUAUAUUUUUAUUUUUACUUAACAUUGCGUCGCAAUAUUGCAAUGUUGCGCGCAAGAGAAUAUCUGGUUUGAUGGUACUCCACUGUAAUCCUAAUUUUAAAUGUUCUUAUUAAACAGUUCAACCUACUUGGAUUGGUAAAAUUAUCGAAGCUGUCAGUCCAUCAGUUUAUUCCAAUCAUUCUUGGACAUGUAAUGCUACAGGAUUCCCAACGCCCACAUACGAGUGGUACAAAAAUGGUGUUAAACUUGCUGGCAGGUAAGUUUAAUAGAUACAGUAUCUCUCAAGCAUAUAUAUAGGUACUUGUACAUAGGUCUCAAACAUAUAGGUAUAUGUUAUACCAUGGAUAAUAAAAUUUAUUUUAUUACCAUGGUUAUACAAAUAAGACCACGCUUUUUGUUGUUGUUGGAUUACGGAUAUGUUCUUGAAAGGGAUUAUCCGAAACGCACCACGUAUAAAAUUGAAUCCAUAUUAAAUUCAUAUAUCAAUAUAUUUUCGUACAAAAUAUCGCUUUAAAGGUGGUUUCUAUAGAAACAAUACAAAUACAUUAUAAACUACGCUACAAGAAACAAAUUACUUUACAAAUACAUAGAAAACAGGACCAAAAACAUGCAAAUGUACCUGACUUUUGCCCUUCGUAAUCCGAACAAACAAUCAAAAAAUAUAAAACCAACAUGUGUUCUUAUCACGUGAUGUCCUGCCUGCUCGCAGGCGAUUAGACCCUACUUUUCGGGUUAGAUCCUACACCGACCUUGUAUUUUUAAAAGGCAGAAAAAAUAUAAAUGCCGCUUACCAGUUUUGAUGUGUUGGGUUUUUUCAUCCGACCGUAUUUUAGAAAGUAUCAGUAUAUUUAUUUUCCCAGCAAGACACUUAUAAGUAAUAGCAUAAAAAGAGCGAAUUAGCUAUUAAAACGUCCCGCCCGAUGAGGGUCGUUUAGUAUAAUUCGCUUGGGCACGGAAAACUAAACCCAAACACUAACCCCAACCCUAACCCUAAAGCCUGGUUCACAUAUAUGCCUGCGACGUACCGGCGACGAUGCCGGUGGUAGCUUAAAACGUGAAUUAUGUGAAUAUUUGUUCGCCGAUUGCCUCCAGUGCCACAGUUACAUCGGCGGUAGGCCGGGAAAGUUGACUUGAUUUCAACUUUGCCGGUAUUUCGGUGGCAAGUAGAGGCAUAAUGAUACAGUCGCAGGCGUACCGCAGGCAUAUGUGAACCAGGCUUAACUUAUUUUAAAAAUUGAAAAAGCGGAAACCUUAUUUUGAAGUAUACUAUGUAGCAAUUUCCGGAAACUAGCCUUCAGAGUAACAUCGUAACCUCCAGCUCAAAAGGGGCCUCGAAAGCAAUGAGAGGGCCCGUAAAAUUUCUGGAUACAAAAGAUUGCCUAACGUAAAGAUUAUGGUUUCAUUAUUUAUUUAGCGCUACACGUAAAAUAGAUGGCGGAACACUCGCUUUCUCUAAUUUGGCCAAAACUGACACUGGAAUGUAUCAGUGCGUUGCUGAUAAUGGCUUGGACAAUAUUUAUCAAUCUGCUCACUUAGAUGUACAAGGUAAGUUAAUGAAACGAUUUUAAUUAGCCAUUUCCCAAAGUCCUGGAUUUAGUCGCGCGAAUCCCAUGUUGGAGGGACAAGAAAUAUGGCAGCAAACAUUUAAAUUAAAUGUUUAAUGUAAAAAAGGAGAUAUUGCAUUUUUGGUCGUCUUAAAAGUUGAUAUUUGAUAGUAGAUACUUCUACCCUUUCACAUAUUUGACGCCCGUCGCCAUAUAUUUUGUCUCUCCAAACGAUCCCAGAAUGCACUGCGAUCUCUUGUGGGAAAAGCCUAAUUACAGUCGAACCUGUACUAAACAGCACCGAAUUUUGCGCUCAAUUUUAUAAUAAGCGGCCAUUUGGUAAAGCAUGCCUGUAGUCGUAUUCGACUUUUCCGCUUUGCUCGUGGACAACCUUAUUUGAAACAGCUGUAUACCAAAGACAGUUCUUUACUAAACGGCCGCUUCUAUUAAAAGCGGACGCGGGCUCCUUUCACACCAAAGAUAAUUUGUCAUUGUUUUGUGAGUGUACAAUCUGUAUUAGGGGCUGAUUGGAAUUUCAGCCCGGCCUAAGGAUAGAACCCGGUUGACCGUGCUGAAAAUCGUCUUGUAUAAAACAGCGCGGCUGUUUAGUUUUAUUUCUCUCUGUUCUAUUUUUAAAUGCGAUCACAGUCUGGCACAAGUCAAAUAAUAGACAUUAACAAUAUUUUUUCCCGUUCUAGCUGAGAAACCUGUGUUUGACACAAAUACUGGCAAAACAACUCUGUUCCUUGGAGCCAAGGGAGUGAUAAAAUGUCACGCCAAAGCUGCACCUUAUGCUAAAAACACAUGGCGAAAGGAUGGUGUCAACAUUAACUUCUCUCUCCCACGAUAUACACUUGUGAAUAAUGAAGAUCUUGUCAUAGGUAUGUGUAAUAUACUAGCAUAACUCGAAAUCCCAGGGUGUGACUUUGUCGGGUGUCACUUGCCAUCAGACAAUGGCCACUGGGGUACCUAGGUAGGAGGUAUAAAUUAGGAGGACAACAUGUCGACCUGUUCUCCUACUGCUCUAUAUGGCUAUGUUAUACUUAGGACUGUUCGUUAUGCCGAUAUACCGAAAAUAUCGGUAUUAAAUCAAUAUCGGUAUAUCGAUACCGGAUAUUCAACCAUACCGAUAUGCCGAAAUUUCGGAUAUAUCGGAAUUUUUCUGUAUACCGCGUUAAAUUUACCAACUAUAUGGCGAAACCAUAACCUUUAUUUUACUACUGAAUGGCAAUUCAAAGAACUUUCUACUGCAAUCAUUUAGAAUUUCCACUUCAGUGAGAUUUUACACUGAGUACGUGCAUGUCGUUCGAAACAUGUUCGAAACAGCUUCGAAAUUAUCGUUUUCCCUUUCAGAAUUACUCAAAAUUUCCUUCAAACUUCCAUUAAAGAAUUUUCCUUUAUAAUUAUCAAAGGAAACCCGGUAUACCGAUAAUAUCGGUAUAAUUUUUUCGGUAUACCGAUACCGGAAAUUUCUCAUACCGAACAUUCCUAGUUAUACUCAUGCCUCAGAUCUAGCUUUGGCCCACAAAAAAACAAAAUUUGAAAUCAAGUACAUAUGUACUAUAAAAGAAAUCCGACAAUGAAAACGUAAACUUAAAUAUGCUCAGCUUUUUGUAGCAAGGCAACUUGCCCAAUCGGGCAAGCAAGACAAAACGUUUACUUGCCUGUCAUGAUAUGAUAUGCAAGCGGGCACGUGUUAAGUUACAACUCUGAGGGGAUGCGAAAAAUCGUUCGAGUGUAUUUCAAAACUUGCCUCCUCCGCAGGCCCUCGUUGCGUCAUGGGAAGGUCGCGAUCUGGCGAGGGCCUGCGGAAUGUUGUAAAAAAAAUGGCGCCGGCGUCACGUCAGCAAGUAAAUUUCUAUAUAAUCUUGAAUAUAAACAGGAUAUAAAAAAGCGGCGUGAAACUUGUAAAUUAAACUGGCGACUCUUAGGACGUGGAAGGAAGCAUUUUUUAACGAUAAUGAUUGUUGUCCACACCAACGUUGCACAAAUAAAACUGCCUUCUUUAACGAAGCAGGUUCAAAACAACAUUUAUUCAUUUUACAAGAUUCCGCAGGCCCUCUCGAAAUCGUGACCUUUCCAUGACACAACGAGGGCCUGCAGAGGAGGCAGUUUCAAAUACGACUGUGAGGACUGGACUAGAUUUCAAGUCCUCGUAAUAGAUGAUUCGAGAUACAGACUGAAUUUUGAUCUGGGCAAGAAGAACAAAAUCCAUCACCACUGCUAGAAAGAACAUGUUGAAAUUAGUAAAACUGCAAAGUUUGGUUGCGAAAUGUUGUACAAUGCGGGAAAUAUAGCCCUGCAAAUUUUGUAUUAAUUUGUAUUACGCGCGGGAAAAUGCAGCACUUUUGGCCCAAAUGUGGUGCAUUUUCCCGCGCGUGAUGCAAAUUAAUACAAAGUAUGCAAAUUUCGCAGGGCUAUAUUUUCAACAUUUUGCGGCCAAAUUUUGCAAUUUUACUGAUUUUAACAUGAUCUUUCUAGCUGUGGCGAUGGAGUUUGUUCUUCUUGUAUAGAUCAAAAUUUAGUCUAUAGCUGGAUUAGAUCAAAAUUUAGUACUAUAUCUAUCUUACAGACUCCGUGAGCAAGCAUAAUAUAGGAAACUAUACAUUAUUCCUACUUCCGAGCCGUGUUUAAACAGAAUUUAUCAUAUAUAUCUUACAGACUCCGUGAGCAUGCAAGCAGGAUAUAGGCAACUGAUACAUUAUACACUAUUCCGACUUCCGAGCCGUGUUUAAACAGAAUUUAUCAUAUCUAUCUUACAGACUCCGUGAGCAAGCAGGAUAUAGGCAACUAGUACAUUAUACAUUAUUCUGACUUCUGAGCCGUGUUUAAACAGAAUUCAUCAUAUCUAUCUUACCUAUCUUACAGACUCCGUGAGCAAGCAGGAUAUAGGCAACUAUACAUGUAUAGCAAAGAAUGAAUUUGGCAUGGAUACUAAGAAGAUCAGUGUCCAGGUUGUGGGAGAAAUCACUUUCAUUGAAGAACCUCAAGAUAAAACCACUACCAGAGGCAGUCAGAUUAAAUUGAAAUGCAAAGCUGAAGGU